AUGGUGCCUGAUUGUCGUGCGGCGGAACUAGUGAAAAGUUACCCGCCGACCAGUGAAAAUUAUGAAAAGGCGAUGGAUAGUUUGAAGAAGCGUUUUGGACGAGAUGAUCUGCAGAUUGAAGUUUAUGUGCGCGAGCUUUUUCAGUUAGUACUGCAAAAUGUUAUGUCCUCGAAAGAAGUGCAUCUCGCUAGUCUGUAUGACAAAAUUAAGUCGUAUUUACGAGCUCUGGACACGCUGGGUGUCACUACAGACAAGUGCGCGGCGAUGCUGUUUCCCUUAGUGGAAUCUUCGCUUCCCGAAGAGUUGUUGCGCGUAUGGCAGCGGUCGAACAGUGCGAGUGAAACGAACACCUCAAGUAGUUCGUCUGAUGUGUCCAAAACGCGGUUGAAUAAGCUGAUAAGUUUCCUGGAGUCCGAAGUGCAAAAUGAAUUAAGGAUCUCCAUGGCUGUGCAAGGUUUUAGUUUCAAAGAAGAAAAUGAGUCAGAACGCACGAAGAAAUCCAAAAAUCAGCAUGCAGUAAGGGAUGUGUCAAGUGCGCGCGAUUUGCUAGCUGCUAAGGAUGUGCCAUCGGUGACAAGAGGAAGCUGUCUGCAAGAACUGGAGAAGAUGAACGUGGCUUUAACAGAUGUGUGCAACGAAGAAAAUACCGUGGCUAUUCUCAUAAGGGCAGACGUAGCCGGGAAAUUACUCACCGGACGUCUACAUGUGUUAGAAAGCGGAUUAACGGCAAUAGAGACUUACCUGGGUUGGACACUGAUGGACCAUACAGAUCAUAAAAAGCAAAGGCAGCACGACAUAGAGGUGGCAGAAGCGUUCAGGGAAAGUGUCGUUAAGAAUGGGGAAGGCCGCUAUGAAGUGAAGUUGCCCUGGCUUGAGUGUCAUCCAGAACAUAAAGACAAUAAAACGAUGGCUGUGCAGAGAUUGGAGCCUAUGGUCGAUUGGGGUAAUUAUCUGCCUCACCGUCCCAUUUUUAAGGAACAUUUGACAACCAGCACUAGGCCAAUAUUCGACGCGUCGGCAGGAUCUUCCUCUCUCAACAGAUGUCUGGAAAAAGGACCGAACCUCAUCGAACAAGUCGGAGAUAUUUUAUUGCGCUUUAGAGAAGGUAUUAUUGGCGUGAUGGCGGAUAUAAAGAAGGCUUUUCUGCAGAUUAGUGUAGACCCGACGGAACGAGAUUUUUUGACAUUUUUAUGGUACGUCGCUGAAGAUAACUGUGUAACAAGCUCGAAUAACGUAAAGAAUUUAUAUAGUUUUAUGCACGAUGCAAAAACAGUGAUGGAGUCGGGUCAUUUUGAUUUGCGCGGUUGGGAGCACACCAAUGAUGGCAAUUCUCCGAAUUUAAGUGGGGUCAUCGGAUUAUUGUGGGAUAAACAACAGGACCCGCUAUCACUUAACUUAUCAGGUUUAGACAAAUUAGAGUUCGAGAUAGUUACAAAGAGAAAUAUUUUGUCCAUUGCUCACCGUAUUUUUGAUCCACUUGGAUUUGUUUGCCCGGUCUCGCUUGGCUCGAAAAUUUUAUUGCAAGAAGCUUGGGCAGCUAACUUAACGUGGGAUGAAGAGGUCAGCGAGAGUAUUAAAAAGAAGUUCGCGAAUUGGAUUGAGGAAUUAAAAAACCUCGAUAAGGUCUUGGUGCCGCGCUGUAUGAUAGGAAUUAUUGACACAGAUGCGGACGUAAGUAUUCAUACAUUUGUUGACGCGAGUAAAUUAGCUUAUGCCGCAGUGAUUUUUAUAAGAAUACAAAGACGCUUGGACAUUCGAGUUCAUUUUAUCCAAGCAAAGACUAGAGUUGCACCUGCAGUUAAGAGUAAUACGAAUAAAUCGUCGAGUAUUCCACGACUAGAAUUAUUAGCAGCAACGAUCGGCGCGAGAUUAACGAAUCAAGUUUUAAAAGCGUUAGAUUUUAAAGGCGCGAAAACAUAUUAUUGGAACGAUUCGUCGACAGUAGUCGCGUGGAUUAAUAGACAAGAUAAUUAUAGUAUUUUUGUUUCGAAUAGAGUAAAAGAGAUUAGGGAUAUUUCUGAAUCGAAACAGUGGCGACAUAUACCUGGACAUGUGAAUCCAGCUGAUUUACCGUCGAGAGGUUGCACGGUCAAUCAGCUGUUAGCUUCUCGGUGGUGGCAGGGUCCGGAUUGGCUUAAAGAAAGUAAGAAUAAAUGGCCUACUGCUAAUGAGGAUAGCGUUGACGAGGCAGAGGUCAAUUCAGAAGUAAAGAAGUCAGUUCAAGUACAAAGUGCCACAUUGAUUAGUGUUAAAAAUCGAGAAAUAAAGGAAAAUUUAGAAGAUGAAAUCAUUAAAGACUUCUUACCGUUCAUUGAUAGUGACGGACUCAUCAGAACUAAAUCUAAGCUUUUAUAUCGUGAUGAUAGUUUUAAUUUACGAUGCCCAGUUAUUUUGCCGAGCAAAGAGUAUUUCGUCGAAUUAUUAAUCAGAGAAAAGCACACGGAGCUUAAGCAUGCUGGAGCUGCGAUGACACUGAACGUUUUAAAAGAAAAGUUUUGGAUCAUGAGAGGGCGAAAAGUCGUUAGAGAAGUUAUUAAAAAAUGUGUAGAUUGUCGCCGACACGAUUCUAAAUCGGUUAAUGCACAUACCGCACCGUUGCCGCUCGAUAGGGUAAGAGAUGCCGCGGUAUUCGAGGUAGUAGGAGUAGAUUUCGCAGAUCCGAUUUCUCUGAAAGGCGGACAAAAGGCCUGGAUAUGUAUUUUUACAUGUGCGGUGUAUAGAGCAGUUCACUUAGAGUUAGUUAAUUCUUUGAGUGUAGCGUCGUUUUUAAUGGCAUUACGACGGCACAUAGCUAGGCGAGGCAGACCGAGCGUGAUUUUCAGUGACAAUGGCACAAAUUUUGUAGGCUUAAGUAAUCAGUUAAAAGUACUAGAUUAUAAGAAAAUCACAAAGACUCUCGCGAUACAGCAGAUAGAGUGGAGGUUUAACCCUCCGUCAGCACCCUGGUGGGGAGGCUUCUGGGAACGUCUUAUUGGUAUACUGAAAAGAUUGCUUCGGCGCACACUUAAAAAGUCGUGUUUGAAUUACGAGGAAAUGUUGACGACGUUAACCGAUUGUGAAGCGGUCAUAAAUUCGCGACCGAUUACCUAUUUACCUGAUAGUCAUGAUGAGAUUGUACCAUUGACUCCAUCUAUGUUCUUGCAAGAAGUGAAAGAAAUCGGUGUAAUAGAUUUAGACAAACUAGAAAGAAUAGAAAUGAACAAACGGUUCAAAUAUAGACACAAAAUUAAACAAGAUUUACGACAACGUUUUAGAAAUGAGUAUUUAGGCACGUUGACCCAUCAAAAACGUAAAGGUCAAAUUUGUAAAGAGUUAAAAGUAGGCGAUGUAGUCUUAGUAGGUAACGAUAAUGCGAAGCGUAUAGAUUGGCCCUUAGCGAAAGUAAAAGAAUUGCACAUCGGAAAAGACGGCCAUAUACGCGUUGCACGGCUAAUCACAACGACAGGCGAACUUACGCGACCGAUUCAACGGUUUUAUUCGCUCGAGUUGAGCGCUGACUGUGAAAGCGAGAAUGCAUUACAGAGUGUAACAAAAAAAUUAAGAGUAGCUAAACCGUUGAUAGAAAAUGGUAAGCCGGUAAUUGAACAAAUAGAUAAUGAUAUGGCAAGACAAGCAAAAGAAGUAAAAACUAGAAGUGGACGAAUUUCGAAAAUACCUAAACGUUUGACGUAUAACUGA